AUGCGUCAUUUCGAUACCUGGGUCCUGCGCGAUCCUUACUCUAUCUGGCACUACUAUCCAACCGGUCAUCGUUGGCGGGACACUGUCCGCGACCUCAUCCACUCCCGCGCAAUCUGUUCCCCAGAAACCCCAAGCAGCUACCUCAGCCCACCAAUAAACUCCGAUAUACAUUCUCAAUCCCAGUCCCCGCUUCUGCGCCUCCCUGCCGAGCUCCGGCAGAUGAUAUGGUCCUAUGUCCUUACCAAUGACUCCAGCCCAAAUACCUCAAACCCUCAAACUCUCCAUCUAGUCCAGCUCAAAGGCAAAAUCCGCCAUGUGAGAUGCUCGACGCACUUCAAUAGCCCAAACAUCCAAAGCAAGUCCGAACAGCCGCAGCCAAACCCACCCCUAACUCAGAACCGUCAUUGUUGUCCCACAACCCCGGCACGUUGGCGCAUCUACGACGGCCGCGUCCCAGGCCACAGCGAUAGGCUACUAUACCCACAUACACACGAGCAUCUACCCACAACACUGAGCAACAGCAAUGUAUCUCUAGUGCGAGUGUGUCGACGCAUUUUUGCCGAGGCAGAGCAUAUCUUGUAUCAAGCGUCGCGGUUCGACGUAGACGAUCUAUACACCUUUAUCGCAUUUAGCGAAACCCUCUCGCCAACUGCGCGAAACUCGAUCCGGCGAUUGACGGUGCAAUGGAUGCCUAUUUGGAUUCCCAUGGCCGGGCUGGAUCACAAGGGAUCUAUCUAUGGACACACGCAUAGUGAUGAGUUGUGGGUUCGCUUCUGGGGCAGCGUUGCGGGGCUAAGGGGAUUAAAAGAGCUUGGGUUGAGUUUGGAUUUGGGUCGGUUCACCGGAUCGAUAGGGAGUGGAGGUGAGGCUGUUGUUUCGGGACAGAAAAUUCCGUUUGGGAUGGGAGAGGGCUGGGUUCGGCCUUUACUUGGAGUGAGAGGGCUGAAAAGCUUUGAUUUGGCGGUCACAGCAAGGUGUGAUCUUGUUGCGAGGGGUGUCGUCGAGAGUGAGCUGGUCAAGGAGGUUGGAGCAUUGAGGGAUGAAUUGAGAUGGUUCUUAUAUAGACCGAAAGAGAAUUUGAGGGAGAUCACGAGGAAGAGGGAUGGAAGAGUGAGGCUGGCAAUCACUGCAGUUUGA